AUGUUAUCGAUUAAUUUUUUAACUUCUGAGUCAAUAAACAAAAGAUUAAAUAAUAUUAAUAGAAAAGCAAGUUAUACAGAAUUAUUAAUGAAGUUUUCAUUUCUUAUUGUGAUUUUUAUUGUAACAACUUAUCUCUUAUCAUCGGUUAGUGGAAGCGAGUCAUUGGGAAAUCCGUAUAAAAUAUUAGGUGUUCACAAACGUGCAACUUUACAAGAAAUUAGAAAAGCAUACAAAAAUCUUGUCAAAGAAUGGCAUCCAGAUAAAACUGAUCAUCCAGGUGCAGAAAAUAAAUUUGUAGAAAUUACAAAAGCUUAUGAGAUUUUAACAGAUCCAGAAAGAAGAAAAAAAUUUGAUAAUCAUGGAAUUACAGAAGAAAAUAUUUCUAGACAACGAAGAGAUAAUAGUCACUUUAAUAACGUUUUUGAUCCAUUGGAAGAAUUAUUUGCCAGAAAUUUCAAAUUUCAUUAUCAAAAUCGAGAUAUUUCUCUUUUUUAUAAGAUGAGCAUCACAUAUCGGUCAUUUGAAAAUGUAAUAGUACCAAAAACUUUUCGUACACCUUAUCUGAUAUUAUUUUAUUCAGAUUGGUGUUUUGCAUGUUUGCAAAUAGAACCAACAUGGCGACGCUUGAUUGAUGAAUUAGAACCAUUGGGUCUUGGUUUAGCAACUGCACAUGCUGAAAAAGAAUCAGCUUUAGCAAGGAAAUUGGGAAUUCAUUCAUUACCAUGUCUUGUUGUUAUAAUAGAUGGUCGUACAAGUGUAUAUAAAGAAUCUCUUUUUAGCAUUCAGAAAAUUGUUGACUUCUUACGAAGCAAAUUUCCAUAUAAAUUAAUAUCUAAUAUAAAUAAAAAUAAUAUAGACAGUUUUCUCUCAGGAUGGAUAGAUAAUCGAAUUCGAGCUUUAAUAUUUGAUAAGAAAGAAUCUGUAAGAUUACGAUAUUUAUUUGUUGCAUUUUAUUAUAGAGAUCGUGUUGCAUUUGGUUUUGUUCAGAUGGAAAAACCAGAAACUGAACUUAUUGUGACGAAAUAUAAAAUUUCUAUUGAUUUAGACACUUUAUUGUUAUUUAAUGAAAAUUCUGAAAAACCUAUGGCAUCCGUUAGUAUGAAAGAUAUAUCUAGUGACACAAUGCACAAUGUUAUUUCAAAUAAUAAAUUUCUUGCUUUACCAAGACUUUCAAAUCAAGCGAUGUUAGACUCUCUUUGUCCGCCCGAAUGGUUAAGACCUCAAAAACGUUUAUGCGCAGUUUUAAUAUCACAACAAAAUAGUCACUUUCAUGAUUUGGCUAGACACAAAUUUAGACAAGCCGCUUUAGAGUCAUCUUAUAGUACUGAAAGAGUCCGAUAUACGUACGUAUUUAAAGAUACGCAACCAGAAUUUGUAUCAGCAUUAUCAACAGGAGAAGGUAGUCCUCUAGAACCUUUAUUACAUAUUGUUAUUAUUUGGAGAAGGGAUGCAAAUCAUUUGAAAUAUGAAUGGUUACCUACUGGUUGGAUUGAAGCUGCUCAAGAUGAAAGUCAAUGGAACGAAACACGUCGAAACUUAGAACAAACUAUACAAAGAUUAUUGCGUGCAUCUGAAGCUUUACCAUAUGCCGCAGUUGUAGGAGAAUUAGCAGAUGAACAUGCACAGGGUACUGUAGACAAACUUAUUGGAAAAGCGUUAUUAGCUGUAGAUUAUAUUUCAGAUAGUCUUACUAAAGAGCAAAUAUUGCCUUUAGUAUCAGUAAUUGCUACUUUAAUGUUAAUUGGUGCUGCAGGAUAUGGAAUGUCAUAUCUAGCAAAGUUAGAAGAAGCAAGUAUUCAAGCUGAACGUGCUCAAUGUAAGAAUAACAGUAAACCAACUCCGACACAACCACAAUUACGAUUACAUGAAUUGCGGGCAGAGAAAUAUAAUGGUUUAGUUCGGUUAUUAAAACCAGGUUGUAGAACUAUUAUAUUAUUAGUCGAUGAUCAAAGUAGACUAAAAUUAUUACCAGCUUUUCAUAAAGCUGUGUGGCCUUAUAGGAAGAAUAAAACUCUUAUGUUUGGACAUUUGUCUCUUGAAAGAGGAUUAGAAUGGUAUAAAAAAUUAUUAUCUCUUACUUUACCAGAACAAAAGGAACUAAAUAUAAAUGCCAAGAACUGUAUUGGCACUGUAUUAUCUUUAAAUGGACAUCGUAAAUAUUUUUGUAUGUAUCAUGCCAAACAUCCAGAAUGUAUAAAAGGCAAAGGUUCUAAGAGAAUAGAACGAAUGACAAAGCAGUUAACUCGAAAAACAGAUGAUGCGGAAGCGGGUGCAUUUAUAGGUUUUGAUAGUUCUAAUGAAUCUGAUGUUUCUGAAGAAGAGAAUGGAAAUAAUAUUUUAUGCCAGGAUAAUCUUCUAGAUGGUUUACCAAUGUGGCUGGAUAGGUUAUUUGAAGGUUUAACACAUCGUUACUAUAUAAAUUAUUGGCCCGAGUUCACUGCCAAAUAAUUGAGAAUUGGUAUACAUUCUGGUAAUGUGUAUACUUUUCGCAAUAGAAAAAGGGAUCCAACUAGUCAACAAUAUCACAUAUUUAAAAAUUCUAUACAAUUUAAAAAAUCAUUCUUUAAUUUAUAAAAAUUAGUUUAUUUAUAUCUACGUGAGAUAUUAUUUAUUAACUCACGCGCGAUUUUCCUUAUAUAUAAAAUUUAGAUAUUCUAAUUAUACCUAAAAAAUGGAUUCUGUAAAUUGUUAUUAUAGUUGAUAAAUAUCUUUCAUACAAGAUGUUAAGAAACAUAAGAAAGAGCAAACUCAAAAAUUAAUAUACAAAAAUCAAUUAUAGCUUAUUUUAAAUUUAUAAGCAAUUAAAUAAUUUUAAUUAAUUGGUAAUAUUACUAUACCUAACCGGAUCUAUAAAGAUAUUAAAGAGAAUGUAUUAUAUUAUUUUAGAUGCACAAAAUAAAACAUAAAAAAUUCUUUUUAUAAGAAUAUACGUAUCUUAACAUAGUUUAAUGUACUAUUUAAUUAAAAUUUCUAUAGCAUUUAAAAUGAUAUGAAAUGCAAAAAUACAUUUUUUUUAAGUUCUUUAUUAAGACCCGAUUAGACAAUCGUAACAUUAUAUAAUAAAAUAUUAUAGACUGAUCAAUUCAAGUGUUUCACUCUUUUACUAUAUCAUCUCAUCUAAUGCAAAAUUAAAUUAUUUAUAAAAAUAUAACAUAAAAAGCUUUAAUCAAUAUUUUUGCAUUUACAAAUUUUUUUUUUUGUUUUCUUGUCUAGAAUCGAUCUUCCAAAAAUAUUUCACAUGUUUCUUAACAUAUAAAUAUAAAAUUAUAUUAUUUGCAUUAAUUUUUAUGAAUGAUAAAAAUAUUUUUUAAAUAAUUCUAGUCAAUGCCAAGACAUAACAGUAUUUAUAUUAUAUGUCUACAUAUUAGGCAUUGUAUAUUUAUAAAUUUAUAAUAUAUUAAUAAUUUUCAUUUUUUCUUUUAACAUAAUUUAUAUGGUAUUGUUAUUUUUUACCAUUACAAUUAUUAUUACUUUCUAUACAUAUACGAGAUUUGAUGAAAAAUCUGUGUAAAUUUUUAAUUACAAAAGUUAUUUUAAUUGAUUUAAAAUAAAAAUUUUCAUAAUUAUUAUAACAUUAUUUCUAUCAUUUUUAUUGUUAAAAUUAUUGAUUAAUUUUUAAUAUAUAAUAAAAUAUUAUUAAAUUUACUUUCAAAUUUUUUUUUUGAUGCUUUAAUCAAUAUUUUUAUAUUUUUAAUGAUUAUUUUUAGUGUUUUUCAUCUAUUAAUUACAAUUUUUAUAAUAUCUUUUUUUCAAUUGAAAAAUCAAAUGUCAUUACAAUAUUAUAUAUAUUAUUUAUUAUAUUACAAAGUUUAGAAUAUUACUAAUAUUUUGAUACAAAUUUAAUCAUUUUUAAAAUAGUAUAUAAUUUUUCUGCAGAUAUUAUUUAUGAUAAAAUUUUAAAAUAUAUUCUUAUAUAUGUUUAUAAUCAAAUUAUUUUUUUUAUCAAAUUUUUUUGUUUAUAUAAUGUUAAUAUUUAAGAAUAUAUUUUUGUUUUUUUUUCUUUCUAUUUAAAUAGAUACUUAAAUAAUAAAUUAAAUUUGUAUAUUCUUGUAUUUUUGUUUGCCUAUAAAUAUUUUGGCAACAAAAAUAUUUAGAUAUUUAUCUAUUUGUUAAUACAAAUUUUGAUGAAAAAUCUAUGAUAAUAAUAAUGAUAAUUAAUUACGUGCUUUAUACAGCGCAUAUGCAAAUAAAUAAUAAUAAAUAAUUUAUAGUUAAUGGAAAGAGAAUAAUUAAUAUUCUCAUAUAGAACAAUAUUAUUAAAUAAUAUAAAAAUUAGUCCCUCUUUUUCAGCUACAUUUAAAAAUAUGAAUAUAUAAAUAAUCAAUAUCUUUAGAUCAUAUUUUGAAUAAUUAUUAUUAUUAUUAUUAUUCAUAUAAUACGAUUGUAUUCUGUCAAUCCAUUUGAAUGUUGUCAUCACAUAAGUAAUAUCAUUUUUAUAUUGAAAAAAUUUAAGAAAGAAGUAUAUUUUUCAAUUUUUUAUAUAUUAUAUAUGAAUCUUUCUUUAUACUUUUAUUUAAAAAUUAUUUUUUUUUAUUUUAAAUUUCUUUUUAACGUUUUUAUUAAAGUUUUGAUUUUAAGAAUAUAUAUAAUCUUUUGGAAAAAUUUUUAAAUAUUAUUUUGUUAUGUUAUUCUGUUAUUUUUUUAAUAAUUGCAAAAAAGAUUUUUCUACAAAAUUUUUUUAUAUUUAUAUCAUAAAAUUUACGGUUUAAUUUUUUAAUUUUUAUUUUUUAAAAUGUUGAAGUAUUGAUUAUAACAUAUUAAUAUAUUAAUUUAAGUGAAUUAUAAAAAAAUAAUUAUUUUAUUUACGCAAUUGUUUUUUUCUAAAAAAAUUAAUGAAAAUAAUGUGAUAAUGCAGAUUUUUAUUAUAUAAUUAUAAUAAUUAAACAAUAAUUAAAUGUAAUUAUAAUUUAAAUUUUAAUAUUGUAAAUAGUAGAUAUUUUUACAUUUUCUUUUUAUAAAUUAAAUUAAAUAAUUAUUAGUUUAAAUUCAUAAUAUUCCUUAUAUCAAUUCAUAUUAUCAGUAAACAAAUAUUAAUAUUUAAAAAUUAAUUAUUAAGAUUGUUUAAAUUAUGUAAUUUUAUAUUUUAAUAUUAAAUUGUUAUUGUUAUAUAUUAUAUAUUGAUUGUUGACAAGUUGAUAUAUAUUAUUAUAAAAAUAAUCUAAAAUAUUUAUUAAGAAAACCCAAGUUUAUUGAUUUUUUAUUAAUUUAUCAGAAUAGUAAUUAAUCGCUGUAAAAUUUUACAGUCAUUUUUUUGUUUCUUCUUCUUUCUUUCUCUUCUUUUUCUUCAAACCAUAGUUUUUAUAAUUGAAUAAUGCCAUUGAAAUGACAUAACUUAUGAGAUGACUUGAAUGCAAAAGGAACAGUUUAUAUUAAGUAUACAUUGAUCAUAUUUCAGAAAUUAUCCUGGGAAUUUUUAAAUGCAUGGGAGGAAAUUAUAUAUAAAAAAUUGUUUAUAUUGUGUAUACAUUCUAUAAAAAUAUUUAAAAUAUUCUGAAUAAAGAUAUAUGAAUAAA